AUGGAGUCACUUGAAACUACUGCAGGGGUGAAAAGCUCCACUGAGGGUCAGGACAGAAAUGUUGCCCAGAAAAAAUGCACCUCAGAGGCAGCGCAGACUAAAAGGAGUCCGUCGGUCGAAUUGGAAGGAAAGGGGUGGCAGCAGCAACUGCAAGACAGUCAGAGCAGAGACACGGGUGGUUUCAAAGAAAUGUCUGACUCAGGGAAAUCACUGCAAUUAGAAGAUCAGCACUCCCAAAUCCAGUCAACAAGCCAUCAAGACUACGAGGUGUCUUCACAUUCACUACAGCCCACGAAACAGAUUCCCGCUGGCAGACAGAAAGCUGUCGGUCACUUAGUCUCGGCACAGUCACCAGGACCCGCAUCUCACAGGAAGUCCACCAGUUCACCCGAAGUCCAACAACAGUGCUCCCAUUCAGGGAUGGAUCAGCUGUCAGAGACUGUGUGUAAGGUGGAGCAGAAACCACAAAAGCCUGGCAAGUAUGUUUGUGAUUAUUGUGGCAGGGCAUGUGCCAAACCGAGCGUGCUGAAGAAACACAUUCGCUCACACACCGGGGAGCGGCCCUACCCAUGUGUCCCCUGCGGAUUCUCCUUUAAAACCAAGAGUAAUUUAUACAAACACAGAAAGUCUCAUGCUCACUCUGUCAAAGCUGGAACGGUGCCACUCUCAGAACUUGGUUCUUACAAUGCCAACACAGACCAGGGGUCUUUUGAAGGGGAAGGAGAGUUAUUCUCUGAUGCUGAGCAAAGCACGGACACGGACGAGGACACUCUUAACGACCCGCUGCUGCUGCUGGACUCUCCAGUGGAGGGAUCAGAUAACACUGCUGUAAAAGUACUAAAUCUCAUUGCUCAGAAAAAGGGAGCCACGUCGAUGUCAGCUCAGGAUGGUUCAUCCCAGCCCCAAGAAAUCAAUGCACCUCCCGCUGCUGCCGAGGCUAGCCGUGCAAUCCAAUCUUGCACGAUCAAACAGAGGCUUGCACUUCGGCUGUCUGAAAAAAGGAGCAGCGACUCUGACCACAAUCUGUCCCUCCCAAGUCAGUCGAGCAAGGGCAGCACGGACUCUGGCUACUUCUCGCGGUCCGAGAGCACCGAGCACCAGACCGGUCCUCCGAACACCAACGCCAAGUCCUAUCAAGAAAUUAUGUUCGGGAAGUGCUACAGGCCGAGUCCGAAGCAGACAGCUGCUUUUGUGGCUUGCAGCACAGACGCGAGUGAGUACACUGGGAGGCGCACGGAGAAAGGUGUUUCUCGCGUGUUCACCCAGGAAAAAGACACGGUGGAGUCAAUCAGAAUAAACACAAAGUCAUUCACAAGGGAGGAGGCAAAGGAACCCAUGUUAGACGCUGGCUCUGAUUUGGGGCCUCUGAUCCGAAGCAACUCAAUGCCAACGUCCUCAGCAGUGUGUCUGACUAUGCCUCAGGCUCUCAGAGGCAGCCACUCGUUCGAUGAGAGAACAAGCACCGGGGGCAUGAGGAGGCUCAGGCGGCAAGCUGCUUUCGAACUCUCAGCACAUGACGGCCACGCAGACACUGACAGCCAUGGAAAGAUGAGCGAGAGCGGCACAUCACCCUCAGGAUUGGAAAUGGAAAAUUACCCCUCCAUGGCGGCUAAUAUGAGCCAUCAGAGACACGCGAUGGAACUGGCAACACGGAAGCGUCGGAAAGAGAAGAGGGAAGAGGAGGAUUUGCAAGGUCAAUACGAGGUCCAUCAUGAGCAGUGUGAGGAAAUGUUUGAUUUGAAUAAGGACUUUGAUGCAAAACAAGCUGCGGCCGGAAUCAUGGCGUUGGGAAAAGGACAUCCUUCAGGUAUGCUCGCACAGAUGGACAGGUGCGACAUGGACAUAUCAGUGAGCCUUGAAAUGUCUGGUCGAAAAACUCUGGGGAAUGUAAUUUCUGUCAUCCAGCACACAAACUCAUUAAACAGGCCUCACUCCGAACUGUCAGAUUCAUACAAGUAUCACGGGCAGAGACAGGAAAGCAUUUCCUCAUUUCAAGCGAUGGAGGCGAGUGAUUCAUAUGAGAUGGAACGGAUUGAUAGCAGGCUGAGGCAAUCAUUUCAAAUGGGCCCCAAACUUGUGCGGCAGCCCAACAUACAGGUCCCAGAAAUCAGGGUGACGGUAGAGCCCGACAGUCCAGAGAAAGCUCCAGAGGUGCAGGUGAAGGAGCCAGAGAAGCACGUGGAGGAGUUUCAGUGGCCUCAGAGGAGUGAAACUUUAGCACAAUUCCCUCCAGAAAAGCUCCCUCCAAAGAAGAAAAGGCUACGCUUAGCUGAUAUCGAGCACUCCUCUGGUGAAUCUAGUUUUGAGUCUGCCUGCACCAGCCUCUCCCGCAGCCCGAGCCAAGACAGCAACUUAUCUUACAGCUCCACCUUCUCUUUUGACAGAGAGGAGAGCUUGAAGUCAGUCUCUCCGGCCAGGCAGGAUGAAUUUGGCAAACCGCUGGAGCUCCUAGCCGUGCCAGGCAGCGGGCACUCCCUCUCUGUGCUCAACCAGCGUCAACAACAUGAAAUGAGACGCUCCUCCUCAGAGCAGGCGCCGUGUAACUUGCGCAAGGAGUUCCCAGAGGUACGCAGCAUAUCAUUUGACUAUGGCAGUCUUUCUCCCACAUCCAAAGUUAGACACGUGGACAUCAGCGCAGGCCACUCGGCUGUGAGGGAGAGAAGGAGGGGAAACUUGGUGCGACAGGAGUCGCUGAAUAUGGACGCUGAGGUAACACAAGUCCCGUCACAAGUGUUUCCGCAGUACCUCAGCAGCACCUCCCCUCCAUUCACAGCAGUUGCCGUUCUGCCGCAGACUUUGCCAAUUUUCUCUGCCGGGAAUACAUUUCCCCAGCUGUCACACCCGAGCCUGUUGGUUCCUGUAAGAAUACAGACUCACGUGCCAUCCUACGGCAGUAUCACGUACACUUCAGUAUCGCAGAUUUUCGACAAUCAGUACGACAGUAUUAGCUCCAACUCAUCCACCUCUCAGAAUCAAACCUCGCGUCUGUCUGGAAAUGUUGACUCUUAUACCCGACCACCUUCCAUGCAGACCAUCAGUGUCGAAGCCCUCGAUCUGUCGUCAGCUAAGCUCAAGACAGGCAUCCCUCUCUCCCUGACAUCCAGAACCAUCUCGACCACUAACGCCUCCAGCGGCGGCGCCAACAAACGGAUGCUCUCCCCGGCCAGCAGCCUGGACCUUUUCAUGGAGGUCAAGCAGCAAAAACGUGUGAAAGAAGAGAGAAUGUUUGGGCAGAUCGUAGAGGAGCUGAGUGCUGUGGAGCUGGGGAAAAGUCAUUUGAGUGAGGAGAAGGGGCACGGGUCAGAGAUGCAGGGCGCAUCCACACCUCAUGCUCAGGAUGACUCAUGUAGGAGUACAUUUAUCACACUUCAGCAAAAAGCGUCCGAGGCCACCGACCACGCAUUUGAGUCGGCUAUGGAUAGCAGCUCCCUGGAAAGCAGCUCUCCUCCCUACUCCGUGAUAUCAGCCAGCGAAGUGAAAGAAGUUGGCACGGAGAAACGAGUGCAGAUGGAUAUGGUGGCACAGCUGGUUACCAGUCAAGACAUCCUGAUCUCAGACGCUGAGCAUUCAAAGCUGUUAUCUCAGUUUCCAAGUCUUCGCACGACGACAGGUGUGAGCUGGUGUUAUCUCAACUACACCAAGCCGAGCUGCUCCCACAGCAACGCCCCCUUCUUCUCCGUGUACGCCACCUGGUGUGUGAGUUCCCACAACCCGAACCCUCUCGAACUGAGCACCAGCUCUGCUCUGGCUCUGCUGCGGUCCAAACAGAGGGGGGACAAGGUUAUGUACACCGUGGCCGCCAUGUGUCAGCCUGGCACCGGGAAACUGGUUUCAUCCCUGAUCCUGUGGAGGCAGACCAUGGAGCAGCUGCAGAGGAAACCGGAGCCCAAAGUGUUGGACAUCAGCUACGGGAAGAAGGUGAAAGACGUCAGCUGCAGAGUGAAAACGGCCAAGGAGGAGUGGAAAGAGAGGGAGGCCCCCACAACCCAGACAGUGCCGACGCGUAUUAAGAUAUUCGAGGGCGGGUACAAGUCCAACGAAGACUACGUGUACGUCAGAGGUCGAGGACGGGGGAAGUACAUCUGUGAGGAGUGCGGUAUUCGCUGCAAGAAGCCGAGCAUGCUGAAGAAACACAUCAGGACCCACACGGACGUGAGACCCUACAUCUGCAGGGUCUGCAACUUCGCUUUCAAGACUAAAGGAAACCUGACUAAACAUAUGAAGUCAAAGGCACACAUGAAGAAAUGUCUUGAACUGGGAGUGUCAGUGUCGAUGGACGAGGCGGAGAUUCAGGAACAUGUGGACGACACCCAACAAGAGUCCAAGACAGAGGUGGUGGUCCCGACCAAACACCAGUUCUCGGAUGCAGAGGAUUCUGACGGCAUGGACGAAGACGUCGACGAAAUCGACGAGGACGAUGAGGAGGACGACGAAUACGAGGGCGACUCCACUCCAAAGUUGCGUUCGAGAAGCACGAGUCCUCAGCCGGUUGGAAUUACAUCUCUGUCAGUCACAGCCACCGCAGCUAUCCACGGCUACUCCCUCACCUCUCUGCCCGACGCCGAUGUCCGCCCGCAGGCCUCUGUCAGGCGGACGGGCUCGGAUCAUCGUCCCGUCCUUGCAACAGACCAACGAGAGAAGUCCGUGGAUGAAGACUCUUUGACUAUGUUGUCUCCAGAACAGACCAGCUUCCUGUUUGAUCCCUAUUCUUCUUGUCUGCUCUCUCCUGGUUGGGAGUCUCCCAUCAGGGAGCCCUCCCCGUCACGGUUGCGUUACCCAUCUCCGAGGCGAGAACUCUCCCCUCGAGGUCGGUCCUCUCCCAGGUGGGAUACCUCCCCGCUGAGGCCCAGCUCGCCCGGCUUCACACCCAUUCAGCACCUCUCCCCGGCCUCGAUUGAACGACCCAUGUCUCCUGGAACGGAGCUGGCCGGGAAGCGAGAGUCUUCGGUGCGAGGCCGGCAGAGGGUCGUGCUGAGGGCAGUCUCACCACGCAGAGGCUCUCACCAACACAAAGGCAGCGGUGAUAAAACCAGACACCAGGCGAAGAUGGAGAUGGCUCAACAACAAGCAGCCUUUGAAAUGGAAAUGGAUCAAAGAAGCAGCUUGGCUUCCAGUCUGCCUGGUGCUGCCAGUUCUCAUCACCAGAACAUCCUCAGCCACCUCCCUCUUCACUCCCAGCAGCAGGCCCACAGUUUGCUCCCCGUGGUUCCUGUCGGAGGGCUCCAGAUGUUGCACUCCCCGCCUUCCUCCAGCACUGAUGUCACCCCCUCCUCGGCGCCAAGCCCCCAGAGCAGUGAGGGCCAGCGCUGCAGCAGCAGGGAGGGAUCUGUCCACGGGCUGGAGACCGGAGGAGAGGACAUCAGAGGCCAGAGCCAGCCGUCCUCUCAGGAGAAAAGCCUCGACCCCGGCGUCAGGGACAGCAGACAGGAGGAGAGCGUCCAGACCUGCCUGAAAGCCAUCGCCUCGUUGAAGAUCACCACGGAGGACCCUCACUGAAACCCCCCUUUAUUUCUUCUCUGUCUCCUUGAUUUGCUCCAGGAACAGAUGCCCCCUGCUCCGACCUUGUGGUCCCUCAGCCCUUUAGGCACAUAACCUCAUCUUUAUCCCAUUAGAGGCAAUAUAAUAACACUUCCUCUGGUCUUGCACAUGCUCCAGACAGCUCCUUUCUAAAUCUGAGUGGAGAUCAAACCUUCACAGCGAGGAAAGAAAAACCCACCCUGUCUGAUGUGCUCGUCUCUCCGGAGACUCUUUGAAAUGAUUGGAUGAGCAGCGGGAUGUCUCGCGAGGUGGAGAAUCAUUAUUGGGUGCAGGUGCAAUAUGGAAAGAUAUUAUGCUAAUAUGCCUUUUGUCUGACAUAGUAGUUUGCGUACAAUUGCACAUAAAUUAUAUUUAUGGAUUCUGUACAAAUGUCCUUAACAUAUACUCCUUCUUAGAUGCAUACAAACAGUGUAUUUUACUGUAUGUGUAAUUUGAAAAAUAGACUGUUGUUUAAUGUAAUCAUAUCAAGGUGUGAUGCAGUAGUGCAGUAAAUAAAGACUAUUUAUAAGGGGAAAAGUAUGUGUAUUAUGAAACAGUCUGACCAAAUUUUAAGUAGACGCUUCUUGUGCAGUUUGGUGCUUCGAAUCAAGCGGCAAGGGUCUGUGCCUUUAUUUUGCUUUUCAUCAUUUUCUGUUAUCAGAAGGUUGUCGUUGAAUAAGGAUUAACAAAAAAAAAAAAGAAAAUGUCAAGGUACUCUCGAUCGAGGCGCGCGACAGGAGAUUUAAAAAAAAAAAAAAAAAUAUGAAAAAAGAAGCUUUUUUUCUUUCUUUGCUCCGUCAGUUCUGCGCUGACGGACGGACGGACGCAGCUUGAUUUCACGUGAAACAAUCUUAAAGAAAAUGUUUCUUAUGUUGCAUUUUUUUCUUAAUGUUGUGGUUUUUAUCUUGGUAAAAAUGCAUGGGAUUUGCUAUUGCACAAAAAUAGAGGAAGUUAAUAUGUAAUUAUGAAUACUGUAAGAUGUAUUUAUAUAUUAGAACGUGAGCACUUAUUGAUACUGGUAAAUAUUUGACUACUAUUUAUAUGGUAUAUCUGUACUUAUGCAGCAGUGAUGCAGUUAUGCAGUGAGCCACGCUGGCAUUGCUUUUGAUCUCAUGUAUUUGCUUUGAUUAAACAGCUUUUUAUUUCUUUUUUUUUUUUCCUCUCUCUUAUACAGAUGACCAUAAGCAUUUUAUGAGUUUUUACGAUGCACUUUCAUCCUUUUUCAUCUUCUGAUGUUUCACUGACUCGAUCAGUGGGAAAAAAAACAGGGGGGGGGAGUAAAAACGUGUUAUGUUCUCUUGUGGUUUUUGAAACAUUCCAGUCGUUCUUUCUUUUUUUUUUUUUUCUCACGUGUUCUCAUUUUUUCGUGAAACAUGUUGCACACAAAUUCAAGGGGCUACGAUGAUCAGUCGAUGGUGUGUUUUCUUGCAUUUAAACUGGAUAAAUCAAUAUCACUUACUGUAAGUUAUCCUAAAAGUAAUGAUGUUAACGGCGUGAGUUGGUUGACUAUUACUGUGCUUCAGCUCAAAGUGUAAAAGUAAUCAUUCAACCGAUUGCAUUACUUCUUCUUCUCUGUAUAUAUACGUGUAUUUUUAUGAUUUAAACUAUUUUUGCAGUGUUUGAAUUCUGAAAAACUUUUUACGCAGACUGUUUAUCGUCUCUUUAAGAGGUGAAAUGUCUGCAGUUUGACGUAACAGAGGUUUAAACGAGGGAGAGAAAUGGCGCGGUGUUAAUCGCUAACGUCACCGCGUCUCAUCUUUGAAAAGAGAAAACAAGUGUAUUCACAUCUUCGAGUGGUUGUGUUGCCAGUGUGAGAAACGGAUUUCAGCGUCAGAAGAAAAAAAAAACACUUUGUUCACUCAUGUUUACAUAAAGAAAUUUUAAAGGUGCACUGCUUUAAUUUUUGUGUUUUGUUUUGUUUUUUCCCCUUUUCUUUUUUUUCCUGGAGAUGUAUGUAGCUUUUGAUUUAUGUAAUUUUUAUUUGUCGUGGUUAAACGGUGCAGAACGCUCAUAAAAAUGUGAAGGGAAACGUGAAAAAAGCCUUUCGAUUUUGCUUUUUGCAUACAGUAUGUAUUCAGAUUGUGUUUUGUUUCUAUUGUGUAUUCAUAUUUACUGAACUGCAUUGUGCCUCUCAUGUCUAUGAAAUUCCCUGUAAAACACACAGAGGACGAAUCAUUUUACCUCUCAGCUAAGAUUUUUUUUUUUUUUUUUUCGAGGGGGGGAGAGAAAACCUCAGUAGCCAAUCGGUUUGUUCAGCUAUUUGCAUCAGAUCUGGUUAGUCAGGACGGAGUGCCUCUUUUAUGCUAUUGGGGACUUUAUUGUUUUGGUGCUCUACUUUUUCAGAUUAAAAUUCAAAAAAAUUGUUUUAAAAGAAUAUACUUCUAACCCAAGGAUGUGUGUGUGUGUCGCAGACUUAUUUCAUGUUUUUAUUGAUGUUUCAAAAUGGCGCCCGUGCCUUUUUUGUUUUUUUUCUACCUUUCACCUGCGUAAUUCACGGCUGUUUAAAUUAAGAGCGCACGAGGGAAGGUUUGAAGGUUUUCAGAUGAGAUCAUUCACGUUUUAUCUGGAGGGGGAACAAAAAAAAACAAAAAACCUUUCUGAGUGAAAAAUUGGAGAGACUCCUACCAGUGACAUCCUCUGGUGAAAAAUUAUUACUGCAGUCAUAACAUGGAACAAGAAA